AGAGGGGUCCCACGGAAAUCUGUUAGAAACGGCCGCUACUGUGUUCCCUUCCUCCAUGGUCGGUAGUCUGUACAAUGGUAUAAUCGUCGGUCGUGAACGCAACAAUCAAAAUGACGACAAUCCGCCCGUUCACAUGCGAAGAUAUAUUCAAUUACAACAAUGUGAACUUGGAUCCGCUGACGGAGACCUAUGGGCUGUCGUUCUACCUUCAGUACGUUACUCAUUGGCCGGAGUAUUUUCAAGUGGCACAAGCGCCCAACGGAGACAUCAUGGGAUACAUCAUGGGAAAAGCAGAAGGACUGGAUGAGAACUGGCACGGCCAUGUGACAGCAUUGACAGUGGCACCAGAGUAUAGGAAGCUAGGAAUCGCUGCAACACUCAUGCGUGGACUGGAGCAAACAUCAGAAAAGAAGCAGGCAUAUUUUGUGGACCUCUUUGUGCGUGUCUCCAAUAAAGUGGCUGUGGAUAUGUACAAGCACCUAGGUUACAGUGUCUACAGAAGGGUGCUUGAGUACUACUGUGGAGAAGAUACAGAUGAGGAUGCAUUUGACAUGCGCAAAGCCUUGCCAAGAGACGUAGAAAGGAAAUCUGUGAUUCCACUCUUGCAUCCAGUACGAACAGAAGAUGUUGAUUGACAAAUUUACAACUAUGUACACGAGGAAUAAAAUGGCGUCAUUCUCUCUGA